AUAUCUGUUCUGGCCCCAAAAGGUACGUAACGUUAGAUAUGAAGUGUAUGACUAUAAAGGUACGCAUACUAGCUGAUGAGUUAGGGUAUAAAGCUGCAAGUGGAGUCUGGCAACAGAAAUCUGCUGGCUAACAAAGUGGAAAUAAACGCAUUACAGUAAACAAUAGUGUGCAGGAAUGGCUUAGACGAUUGAAGCAGCGCCCUGUCAGUUGCAUCAGCAUCUAACAAGUAACAUGUGGUUAAACUAAUGAAGGAUAAUCCGUAUACUUAACAAAUCAAAUGUGAAUUAACUAAUGCGAUCCUCCGGUUUGGUAGUUUGUAUACAUACGUGAACAGCGAAAGAGUAAAACGGUAUGCUAGAAGCAAGGUUUCAAUUUUUAACUGGAAGGAAAGGGAAGUGAAGUAGGAAUACUGAAAAUGUCGUCAAUCCUUAAAAGCCGAAGAGGAAAACAAAAGCUCAAAAAGUAGGUACAGGACCACAACAGCAGCACACGAGGCAAAUACAUACAAACAGGCCCCCAUUCGAAUGAGUUCUCCCUUUAUUACACAAGUACUACUGGAAGAGGAGGAGGCCUGUUUCUGUUUAGGGUUAACAAAAGAAGCUUAAAAGCUUCAAUUGACAUUUCUGGAAAAUAAUGGACCCCAAAAGUAGUGACCCUUGUCAACUUUAGGCUUAAAGGUAGCUCUCCAAUCCAAUCCAUUUAUUAAGCUCUUCAAGGCUGCUGCAGGAGAAAAUUGUACACUUUGUGCACCCACAAACAUAAAGCAACAAAAUACAAGAGAAGUUAAAAUAAGAAACUUUUCCCGGGCCUUUUUCUUUUCUCAUGCUCUCUCUCUCUCUCUCUCUCUCUCUCUCUCUCUCUCUCUCUCAGAGGAAGAAGAAAUAAGAACCUUCCUAUAUAUGAAAAAAGGAACAAGCACACAACCACCGUAAUCUAUCUUUGUCCCGAUAUUAAAUUCAUUAGCUAGCUUUAUGGUCACUGAGUAACUGCACCCAUAGCCCCUUUAACUACAUUUCAGGUUGAUUAAUUUUUCAUAUGCUUAGCAGAAUGGGAGCCUGCGUGCUUUUUGCCUUGGUGGUUGUCAUUUCUAUCUUUGUUGUCUCCGCCGGAAAUGUUUUUCAUCUACAUAGAGCAUUUCCGAUGAAUCACCGUGUCGAGUUAGAGCAGCUCCAAGCUCAGGACACAGUCAGGCACCACCAGUUUUUGGGUGGUGUUGUAAAAUUGUCGGUCGCCUUCCCAAAGCAUAUCCACUCUCCCAUCGGGGUCUAUUUGACGAAGGUGAAAAUAGGCUCUCCACCAAGAGAGUUCUAUGUGUUGAUUGACACCGGCAGUGAGGUGUUCUGGGUUUCCUGCAGUUCCUGCAAUGUAUGCCCUCUAUUUACUGGACUUGGGACUCCCAUUAGUCUCUAUGACUAUGACAAUUCCUCUACUGCGGGACUGCUCCCUUGUUCGGACGGAAGGUGCAAACAUUGCUCUGACGAUAGCAACCAGUGCGAGUAUAAUAUUCCGUAUACGGGCGGAGCAGAAACCACCGGUUAUUUCGUAUCAGAUGAGUUUUCUUUUGAUAUGAUUCCAGUGCACUCUCAAGUUGCACAUGGAUCUUCAACACGCAUUAUUUUUGGGUGUGCUACCACGGUGUCCGGUCUUUUGGCUAGGACUGAGGUUUCACUCAAUGGGGUAUUGGGAUUAAGCCAAGGCCCAUUGUCUGUCAUAUCACAGUUAUCCUCUCGAGGGAUAACUCCGAGUGUCUUCUCUCACUGUUUAAAGGGAGAUGGAAAUGGUGGAGGUAUACUCGUACUUGGGGAGAUUUUGGAGCCGAGUAUUGUGUAUACUCCCCUUGUCCCCAAAAAGUCUUAUUAUGCAAUCAACCUUGAAAGCAUUGCAGUCAAUGGACAAAUCUUGCCCAUUGAUCCAGCAACUUUCAGAACAUCAGAUGAGCGUGCUACUUUAGUUGACACGGGAACCACGUUGGCUUUUUUUGUAGAAGAGGCAUAUGAACCUCUUGUCCAUGCGAUAACUUCAGCUUCCAACUUUGUGUCUCUGAUCAUUUCAGGAGAGUCGCAAUGUUAUCUGAUCUACACCAGUUUGGGAAAGUCAUUUCCUUCGGUCACACUCAACUUUGCAGCUGGUGCGUCAAUGACUUUGAAACCACAAGACUACCUGCUAUAUUCAGGAUCUCAUGUUGGUGCUGCUAUGUGGUGCUUAGGUUUCAAGAAAGCUCAUGGGGCAAGCCGAGGCUUGACAGUGUUAGGAGAUCUUAUUCUAAGGGAUAAGAUUGUGGUAUAUGAUUUAGCCCGUCAACAACUCGCUUGGGCUAAUUACAACUGCGCAUCUCCGGUGAAUUUCUCUACGCCUUUUCACCCAGCACACCGAAGUGGAAGCAGUGGCUCAUCAAGAGACACACUAAUCAAGCUGCUAAAAACUGGGAUUGUGCUCCUCUUGAUGCAUUUGUUCAUUCUGUAUAUGUGAUUUACACAGCUUUCAGCAUUCAAGUUUGUAUGUUAUGUGCACUGAGAUAGAAAUCUUUGGGAUUUGAUUUCUAUCCUCCUCUUCGAGAUAGCAAAUUAGCCUAAUGAAAGUGAAACUGAAAUUACUCAAAUACAAAAAUUGAAGCAUUAUGUACUUGUAUUAUAAUUUUCUGUUUCAGUUCA